UCUCUCUCUCUCUCUCUCUCUCUCUCUCUCUCUCUCUCUCUCUGCACGAUUCAUUCCAUUCAUUGAAGCACUCGUGAUUGACGCCAUUACCCGCUUGCGAUACAUUUGAUUACGCUCCGCCAAUCCCAAACCAUCGCGUCUGUUUACAGAGACCCGUCGAUCUCGGGGGGUUUGGCAAGCAACACAUCAUGAGUUCGAAAGCCACGUUAGGUUCGUGUUGCUUUGAAUCGCUGACAAGUCCGUCCGAUCAUGAAUGGUCAUCUCCUUCAUUGAGUCGUUUCUUGUAUAUUACGAAUAUCCGUUCCACGGAUGUUCACGCUCGGCAGAAAAAUUUACCACAUCACUUUGCUUACAAUAAGCGGGAUGAUAUGCACUGUCUCUCUCGGACAAAGUUAUUAUUCAAGCGGUCGAAACCAUCCGAGGUCUCCAUUGGCCCUUUGUCCGCAAGCGCCACUUUUUUUGAUUCAAUCAGGUAUCCUGUAUAUCCCGUCGAUAAACCCGUUCAAAUUAGCUUUCAGGUGAGUGUGCUGCACAAUAUUUUCCAUGUUGCAAUGCGUAUCACUCUACUAACUAAUGUGUUUUCAGGGGCAUUGGGUGCUGUGAAAGAAAAAAAAAACCUCAUUUUAUGGGGACCUUUCGAUUGAACAUGAAUUAGAUGCUGUUCGCUAGCUGGUUGUAGUAGUAUUAUUUGUAUUAUCGGUUCUAUUUACCGAAAAUACUAAGGCUGCCGGCUCUUACUUUUUAUCUCCAUUACCAACUGACUUUGCAUCAUCUUUUCUUUCCCGUGUGAAAAUAUGGCCUUGUGGAGAAUAGUUUAUAUCCAGUGUUGAAACCACGGUUUCCA